CCAGUUUCUGUCGGUCGAAAGCGCUUUUGUGCGCCGAGGGGGUUUCGACUCUCUCUCUGCUGUAGCGUAGUUUACGCUUUUUCUUUUUUGGCCGGUCUCUUCUGGGCUCUCGUCUCUCUCGUCGUCCUCGCCGCGAUUCCCCCUGCCCCUCUGGACUUGCAGAGCCGAGAAGAUGGCGCCCAAAUUCGACCCCAGCGAAGUCAAAUACAUUUACCUCCGCCAGGUCGGCGGUGAAGUCGGGGCUUCGUCAGUUCUGGCGCCCAAGCUCGGUCCGCUUGGUAUGUCGCCGAAGAAGGUCGGUGAUGACAUUGCGAAGGCUACUGUUGCGUGGAAAGGCCUGAAGGUGACCGUGAAGCUCGCCGUCCAGAACAGACAGGCGACUGUUGAGGUCGUUCCUUCCGCCUCUUCCCUGAUCAUCAAGGAGCUGAAGGAGCCUCCGAGAGACCGCAAGAAGGUGAAGAACAUCAAGCACAGCGGCAACUUGUCUCUUGACCAAGUCUUCAGCAUUGCGAGAACGAUGAGGGCGAAGAGCCAGGCCUGGGAGUUCUCCGGCACCGUUAAAGAGAUCCUCGGGACCUGCAACUCCGUUGGCUGCACCGUCGAUGGCAAGAGCCCCAAGCAAGUGCAGCGGAUGCUGGACGAUGGCGAGAUCGACUGCCCCGAGGCUUAGAGUCCGCCGGUCUCGUUUGCUUCUCUUCUUCUCUGGCCUCUCUGUUCUCUACCUUGCCUUGUUGCGGUGUAUGUACACCUUGAGCUCGUCUGCGUGCUUCGGAAUGUGAACCGUGUGUGCUUCUGAGCGUGGAGGCGAACGAAAAGUAAUAAGCUGAAAGUGUUGUUCCGUCA